ACUUCAAUACAUCGUCCAUCAAAUCCAGCCCAGCCUCAGCUGCAGACUCAUUUUUCUCUUUUACAUUCUUUCUCUUCCCUCCAGGUGGGUGCUCGGCCCGAGUGGUGACGGUGUCUCCCGGUCCGCUGAUCCGGGUGGAGGGUCAGCCGGUGUCCAUCAGAUGUGACGUCAACGAGUAUUCGGGACCUCGUGAGCAGGAUUUCGAGUGGGUGAUGUCCAGGGAGCCGAGCGCGACGCAGCUGAAGAUCAUCUCCACCUUCGACGCCAGCUACUCCCACUCGACGCUCAGCAAGCGCGUGGCGUCUGGUGACAUCUCGGUGGUGAGGCUCAGGGACAAUGAGGUGGAGCUGAAGAUAGCGGAGGUGAAGGCGCUGGACGCCGGGUUCUACUGGUGCCAGACGCCGAGCACAGACUCCGUCAUCAGCGGCAACUACGAGGCUCAGGUCCAGCUCAUUGUUAUUCCCAACACCCUCAGCGUCUCCCCGCAGACCCCGGCCCCAGAAGUCCCAGAGGGCAGUGACAUCACGCUCUCCUGCAACGUAACCCGCACGAUCACCCAGCCCACCUACCUGUCCGUCACCUGGUCGCUGAAGAGCGGCGCGACGUCAGAGGAAAUCCUGACGUUCGGUCCGCAGGGCGGUGUGGUCACGGGGCUGAAGUACGCCCGGCGCUACGCCGACGGAGGCAUCCGAUUGGUCCCGGGGAAGAACGGAGUGUUUGAACUGGUGAUAUCGAGAGUGACGACCUCUGACGGAGGGACCUAUGAAUGCAAUGGAACGGAGUGGACACAUGAAAAUGGAGGGAAAUGGAUAAAAAUCGUGGAGAAUACGAAAGAGAUGGGGACUGUUAACGUUAUUCCUACAGGUCAGUCCCUCAGUGUGAAAGCCACAUCCCCCUCCACGCCUCUGCUCCUCUCUCCCGGCGACACGCUGACGCUCCUCUGCUCCGUCGCCGCCGACAACCUGCAGGCCCUCGCCCUGGAAGUGACCUGGCUGGCUGGCGACCGCGACCUCGUCACCAUGGAGCGCAGCGGGGUGGUGAUCGCCAACGUGUCAGCGAGCGGCGCGCAGGGGAAGCGCGGGGAGGCGAGCCUGGAGCGUACGGGAGGCGGGGAGUACAGGCUGGGGGUGAGGGCGGUGAGCGUGGAGGACGGAGGGGAGUACACCUGCCGAGUCCGGGCCUUCAUCGACAAAGGAGGGAAGAGCACCGGAGGAGGAGGGAGGUGGCACAUGGCGGCCGAGAAGAAGUCCAGCCCCGUGACGGUGAAAGUCUCACAGAUCAUGCCGAGCUACACGCUGACCCUUGAGCCUGCCGUGAACCCCCAGGUGACAGCCGAACCCACAGAGCUGGAUUGCCACGUCACCAACAUUACCCAUGUACCCCUAGGAGGCCGACUGGGCGUCACCUGGGAGCACUCCGCACUUCCAGGAGAAGGGGAUGACGCCAAGACCUCGCAUCACAUCGGCUCCCUGGACGGAAGUGGCAACCUGCUGCCGGGGUCCGCGUACUCCGACCGGCUGAAGAGCGGCGCGAUGUCUCUGACCAGAGUCCAGCCGAACACGUUCAAGUUGCGAAUCCUCCGCACACAGGUGGGAAAACUCAAACGAAGAAUGGCAGAAACAUUUGUGAUUUCAGUAUUCAGAUAA